CCAAUGCAAUCCAACGGUCACGCUGUAAGAGCCAUCACUAACCGCGAGAAGCAGCAGCGGCGGCCAGCAGUGCUGUGUGUGUGUGUGCGUGUGUGCGCGACGAAAAAGUGUAAAGCGUAACGAGCAGAAGAGAAAAAACGUGUGAAAAUUUAUAGAAAGAACGACGCUAUCAUUCUUCGUCUAUUGUCGUCGUUGUCGUUAUCGUUAUCGUUUAUUGUCAUUCGUUCUCGUCGUGGUUAACACAACAACAAACACUCUUCAGCAACAAGAACAACAGCAGCAGCAGCAGUAAUAACAAAAAGGAUCGGAACGUACAUCACAGAAAAAUAAUAGUACAACGUGAGAGCGAGGCAAAGCUACAAAAACAAAUCGAACGAGGAGCUUGCAAAAUGCAUCACGAAGAGAUGCAUACAAAAUAAAGAGGAGCGCAAAAAGAAGUCAACUGCAAACAUAUAAAAAACUGCUGACUGCGAAAAACGUUGGUUGUGAGUGCGAGCAUACGAGUGUGCGUGUGUGUGUGUGUGUGUGUGCGUGUGGGUGAGCGUGUGCAAAUUACGUGCGUGAGUUUAUGGAUAUUUGAGUACGUGCCUCUCUCUUCGCUCUCUCACUUUCUUUCACACUGACUACCUGCCAAACUGUUGUGUUGGUGUGCGUAUGUGAGUGCAGCAGAAGCAGCAACAGCAAUUGAGCCCAAACAGAAGAGAAUCAAUUGCAGACAGACUCCACUCACUCUCACUCGUUGAGGCUCAACUCGCUCUCUCUCUCUCUCGUGUGCAAUUGGAAUGGCUGCGAAAAGCAAUAGCAACAGCAAAAACAAUAAGGAUAUGCAGCUGUAAUACGUUUAAGAUUGAAGUCAAAAUAAUAAAAGCAAAGGAUUUGAAACCAAAUAUAUAAUAUUGAUAACAGUAUCAUCUAAUACGUCUAAACAAAGAAGCAAAAAAAAAGGCAUCACACAAAAAGAGAUAGCGAUAAUUGCAACUAUAAAUUAUAAAGUUUACAAGUUUACAAUAAACCACUUCCCACCACCCCACGCCAUAUAAAAAGGAAAUAAAAACAAAAACAAAACAAAAAGGAGAAAACUGCGUGGUUGAAAAUAUGAGCAGUCUGUUGGAUGAGCUGGGCCAGACGCUGGUGCCGUCAUCAAUUGUUGAUGAGCAGCAACGUUCAUCGCUGGGCACGACGUUGUGCGAUGAUUCGAAUUCAUCGACAACGGUGCUGGAGGAUACCGAUGUGAGCAACACGAGCAGUAGCAGCAGCACGAGCAGCAAUAGCAGCACCAGCAGCAUUAGCAGCAGCAGUUGCAGCAAUGGCUCCGGCUCGGGCACCGAUACCGAUACUGGCAAGGGGAGUAGCACUAUUGGCAGCAUCGAUGUCGCCAGCGUGAGUUCGUCUAGCAUCGGUUCGGCGGCAUCGAUAUCAUCAUCGAUAUCGACUACCGCACCAUCGACGGCCAAUUCAUCGGGCCUCGGUUUGGUUGUAGAUGUCGAUAGCCACAUUGGGAGCAGCCAGGAGCUUAGCCAUGGCUAUGAUGCCAAAAGCGUAACGGAACUCGAUUCGCUCGAAGAUUCAUGUGGCUCCAUGUUGAAGGAUGGCGAUAAGCUAUGCAAGAUUUGCAGUUCGCGAUUGGUUAUGCCACGAAUUCUCUCGUGUCUGCACGUCUUUUGCGAGGAUUGCCUGCAGAAUUUGGUGACGAGCAAGGAGUCCGCAUCGGCGAGCUCGCCGGCUGCCUCGCUCUCAUCGGCAGCCAGCUGCUCUUCGACGUCGUUCGAUGGCAGCGAGCAUCAGCAUCGAAUGCACACGGUGCUGGAAUGUCCCGUGUGCAAGCAGCUAACACAGCUGGGCAAUAAGGGUGUGAAGGGUCUGACAUGUGACUAUAUUUUGACCAAUAUACUGGAUCUGUCCAAUCUCGAAACGGAGACCAUACCGUGCACAUCGUGCAAGAGCAAAGAGGAGGCCAUAUCCCGUUGCAAUGAUUGCGCCAAUUUCCUGUGCAAUGGCUGCGAUAAUGCCCAUAAAUAUAUGCGUUGCUUUGAGAAUCAUCAGGUCGUGCGCAUCGAGGAUUUGCAGAAGAAUCUGCAAGAUGAUAAGCUCAUCAUACACAAGCCCAUCUGUUGCCAACAGCAUAUAAGCGAGAAUCUCAAAUACUAUUGCUUUACGUGUCAGGUGCCCACCUGCAACGAUUGCCUGCUCAGCGAUCACAAGGGCACCGAUCAUCAUUAUGAAACCGCCGGCAUUGCCGAGCAAUCGGUGCGGGCCGACAUGGAAUUAGUGAUUGCGGAGACCAUGAAGAAGGCCGAGUAUUGCAACGAUGCAGGCGGCAAUCUGAGCAGUGCUUUAACCGAGCUCCAGGCCCAGCAUGAUAGUGUUCAUCAGCAGAUCGACGAGGCGUACAAGAAGUACAAGCGAACGCUUGAGAUCAUAAAGGAGGAGAUGAUUGCCGAUUUGGGACGUUUGCAUUCGGAGCGUGAACUCAAGAUUAUGGAUUUGAUGCAGAGUCUGGAGAAUAACAUGGGACGGUUGCAGCAGGCAGCACAGUUUGGUCAACGGGCAGCGGACAAGGCAAAUUCGGUGGAAAUUCUGCUCUUAAAACCGGUGGUGACGGCGCAGUGCACAAAUCUCAUGGAGCAGACGCCUCAGAGCGAUGCCAACUAUCAGCUGCAAUUCGACUGCAAUCCGGACAAGUUUGAGCGUUUCGCCCGCGACAUGUUUGGCAAAUUUCGCACGGAAUCGACGAGCAAGUCACAGGCAUCGGGAUCGCCAGGUGCAAUUGGUGGUGGUGGUGGCCAAAUGCUGUCCACAUCGACGCCGUCGCCAUCGGCCACUCCCAAGCAGCACACACCGCCGCCAGCCCAUUUGGCACCCGGUUGCCAUAGUGCUGGUCUCUUGCCCACCAGUGGACGCAGUCUGUCCGGUGCUGGGAAUGGAGCGAGCAGCAGUUCGGUGCAAGGACGUCUCAGUUCGGCGGCGGUGUUUAGUCCCUUGUCGUUGCCGUCGUCGUUGCAGAGUUCAUUCGAUGGCGACACUUCGGUGAUGACCAACUUUUCAAUGAUGAGCACAUUGCCACCGGACUCGCCGCCGCAGUUGCAGCCACCGCUGCAGCAACAACAGCAGCAGCAACAACAGCAGCAGCAGCAGCAGCAACAGCAGCAGCAGCAACAACAGCAAGCCUUGCAACAGGUGCAGCAACAGCAGCAGCAACAACAGCAGCAGCAGCAACAACAGCAACAGCAGAAGCAACAGCAACAGGUGCUGCAUCAACAGCCUCAAACGCUGCCCGUGGCCCAACAGAUUGCCCAGUUGGUGACCCCUCAAGGCAUUGUUCAGGUGCAGCAGACGAGCGGACAUGUUAAUCUCAAUGCCGGACCGAAUAAUGCUGCCGUUGGCAUGGGUCUUGGCAACCUCAAUGGCCUGGGCAUGAAUGCUGGCGGUCCGACGCCACCAUUCAGCAUGCUCGAGUACAAUUUGUCGCGUUUGGCCAGUCUCACCGAGAAUAUACCGGAUACGCUGAACGAUGCGCUCAGCGUUGGCAAUUCAAAUGCGGUUGCUGCUGCGGCUGCAGCCAAUGCAAGCGGCUCGGGAUCGCAUCAUCAGCAGGCUGUCAUCCCCGCGUCGGCUGUGACACCCACGCAGCCCAUCACGCUGGCCGAUAUUCUAUCUGGAGAUCAGCGAGCUCUCAACAAUCUGCAAGCUCUGGCCAAGCUGGGAUUAAACAACAAUGAUGAGCAUCAUGAUUUGUUGUCGUCGAAUGGAAGCUCAACGUGCCUUGAUUAUAUUUUAACAGAUUUCUGCAUGCCGGCAGCAACAUCGCCCAGCCUGCAGACACUGAAUCCGAUUGUGGGCGGUGUUGAGGACAUGGGUCUCAAUAAUUUCCAUGCUGUCGCUCCGCCGGGCACCACAAGCGUUGUCACUGGCCGCAAUAAGGCGACACCGAUGCAAAUACGCUGCAAAUUCGGAUCGCUGGGCACGGCCAAAGGUCAAUUUAAUUCACCGCAUGGCUUUUGCCUGGGGGUCGAUGAGGAGAUCAUUGUCGCCGAUACAAACAAUCAUCGAAUCGAAGUCUUUGAUAAAAUGGGUGCACUCAAGUUUCAAUUCGGUGUCGCUGGCAAAGAGGAAGGCCAAUUGUGGUAUCCGCGCAAAGUGGCGGUCAUGCACAACAACGGCAAAUUCGUGGUCUGUGAUCGUGGCAACGAACGUUCGCGCAUGCAAAUCUUCUCCAAAUGUGGACAUUUUAUGCGCAAAAUUGCCAUCAGAUAUAUUGAUAUUGUAGCUGGUCUGGCUGUGACCGCCAAGGGUCACAUUGUGGCUGUUGAUAGCGUUUCACCGACCGUGUUUGUCAUCUCCGAGGAGGGCGAACUUGUGCGUUGGUUCGAUUGCAGUGAUUAUAUGCGCGAACCUUCAGAUAUUGCCAUAAGAGACAACGAUUUCUAUGUGUGUGACUUUAAGGGACAUUGCGUGGCCGUUUUCCAGGAGGACGGCACAUUCCUGUAUCGCAUUGGCAACGAGAAGGUCACCUGCUUCCCCAAUGGCAUCGAUAUAUCGAACGCCGGCGAUGUGCUCAUCGGCGAUUCGCAUGGAAAUCGUUUUCACGUCGCCUGCUACUCCCGCGAAGGUGUUUUGCAGUCCGAGUUUGAGUGUCCCCACGUUAAGGUUUCACGUUGUUGCGGCCUAAAAAUCACCUCCGAGGGCUAUGUGGUCACGUUGGCCAAGAACAAUCAUCAUGUGCUCGUUUUGAACACCCUCUAUGUUCACUGAUUGCAAAUCAAAGCGCGCAACAAUCGUCCAGCUGUCGAUAUGAACAAAUACAACUAUAAAUACUCUUCGGGCAAGAUUUACGGAUGUCGCAGGCAACAGCAGCAGCAACCACAGCAGCAACCUCAGCAGCAACAGCAGCAACAACAAAAGCACCAGGAGCAGCAUCAACAACAACAACAGCAACAGCAGCAACAGUCACAUAAGCAACAAAAUGGAGCAGCAGCUUAAGCAACAAUAAAAUUGGAGCUUAGCCGCCGUCUCGCAUCGAAAAGCAAAGUUAAAUCAACAAUAAUACAAAACAGAAAAUAACACAAGAAAUAAACAAAAACAAACAUCAACAAAAGAAAUUAGAUCACGACAUGAUGAUGAUGGCAAAGAGCGAAUCAAAUCUCGAACACACACACACACUAGUAGUAUAUAUGAAAAAAGUUCAAUGAAAUGAUGUGAAUAUCCUUUAAGCAAAAUGUUGUGCCCCCGUACAAGAAAGAACAACAAACAAACAAAACAAAUAAGCAACAAGAAAAUGCAACAAUACUAUUUUUGAUCUCUAAUUUAAACGCAAAACAAAAACAAAAAUCGAUUAGCGCUACUGAAAAAUACAAAAAAAAAAAACAACACAAAAACAAAACAAAUCUAUGAAAAACGAAAAGAAGAGGCAAUACUUGACUACUUAGUGUAAAAGCAAAGAAAACAUUGAAUGAAAAUCGAAAUGAUGAAAAUAUGAAAGGAAACUAAUAACUUCGGUAAUAUUUUCAUAACGUUUUGAACAAGGAAAAUUCUCUAAUUUUUAUUCUGUUUAUUUUUAAACUUAUGUUCUUGUUAAAAAUUGCCCUUGACCUUAACACACAAAACACACACACACACACACAAAACAAUCACCACACCACACACAUAUAUACAAUACACCAAGACACAUCACACACACACACACACACUUCUACAUGUUACUUAUUAUCUACGUAUAGACAUAUAUAUUGUUAUAUCGACCGAUUAGCUUUUUUGUGCAUACCCUUCCAGAAUCUUUUUCGAUACAAAAUCAAGAAAUGAAACAACAAAAAAAAAACAAAAACAAAAACAUAAAAACGAAACACGCAUAUAUAUAUAUAUAUAUUAUUGUGCAUACUCGAAUGUGUAUAUGACUAUAUGUAUUGCUGUAUAUAUGUAUAUGUGUAUACACGUGGGUAUGUGUGGGAAAUGUGCACCUUUUGGGCGCAUUUUCCGCAGUAGAAGAGUAGAAGAGGCAAGAACGAAACCAGUCGCAAAGGCAACAACAACAACAACUGCAAUAAGAUAUAUAUGAAACUGUCAUGUAUUUUUGUUCGAUUUUAAACAGAAAGUAAAACACACGUAUUUAUAUAUACACGACAAAAGAAAUGUUUAGGUUUUUCCUUACCGCGGCUUAUAUAAAGUGAUAUCUCUCUCUAUAUUUAAAAAUAAUAUCUUAAACAUACAUAUAUGUGAAAUCCUAUGACUAUAUGACUUUGCCAUAUAUAUAUAUAUACAUAUAUGUAUAUAUGUAUAUUCAAACGAAAGCAAAAACAAAACAAAAAAACAUAUGCAAACUAAAAACACAAAAACAAACGUGUAUGAAUCUAUGUAUAUGUAUAUGUAUAUGAUGUCGAGUAAUUGAUGAAUAUGUGUAUGUGUGUGUGUGUGUUUUUGUGUGAGUGUGUGUGUGCGCGCGUGCCUGCCAGUGCUAUAUAUAUAUAUAUAUAUAUUGUCGCGUUGUGCGCGUGUUGGUAAUUUGAAAGUAUAAACAAACAACAAAAAGUCUACAUACAAACUAAGUUUAAGCUAACAACCAAAACAAAUAACAAAUGCAGAUUUGCAUUAGGCCAACAACCAACUAAAAAAUAAAAACAAAACAAAAAACAAUACUAAAUAAAACAAUACUGCAAAUGCGCGAUGAGAUGCGAGAGAAUCAAGAAACCAAACAAAUAACUAUUGUUAAGUUCUAUAUAUAUAUUUACAAUGUUAAAUCGAUAUUCCUUUUGCUUAUAUACAUACAAAAACAAUUACGAAAAACAAACAACAACAUAUACAUACAUGUGCAUAUGCCCGCAUACAUACAAAACAAAAAACAUACACUAUAUACAUAUAUCUAUAUAUACUACAUGCAUAUAUAUAUAUAUCAAUAUCUAUAUAUAUAUAUAUAUAUGUAUAUAGAGCAAAUAUAGCACAUAUUUUGGGGCAUGUGCCAUUUCUUUCCCGUUGUAAUACAAUAUAUAAGGCUGGUUUACUCCCAAGACAUUAUUAUUUUUUAAAUAACAUACAUACAAUACAUAUGUAUGUGUAUAUACAUACGCAUACAUAUGGCUAUAUAUUAUUAUGUACUACUAUUAUUAUAUUAAACGUUUAUUAUGUUGUUCUCUUUAUAUUCAUUAUAAUUUUUGUGAAUUUUUUAUCAUGUAUAAAUUGCAAUUUAUUUUUUGACUAUGUUCUAAGCCAAAAAACAAAAUACCAAUUAUUUGAUAAAUUAAUGUAUAAGAGCAAAGCAACUUAUUUUUUAAUAGGCUGUCAACACAUUUUAUUAUAUACACCACACCCACACGCAUACAUACAUACACAAACACUACAUUUUAUAUUUGUGUAAACAAUUAUCAAGCAAAAUCAUGUUGACUAUAUAUAUUAUUUUUAUUAGUUUUUAGAAAUAAUUUUUUAUUUGUUUUGUGUAACAAAAGAAGCUUUUUGUUGAGUGUGAUUCGUUUAUCGUCGUUUAAUGAAGAAAAAUUCAAAUGUUUAAUCUUGUCAUUUUUUUUUUUGUAAAUUUUAAUCUAGUUUUGGUAUUGUAAGCAUUAUGUAAUAUUUAUGUACGAUAUAUGUAUACUACUUUUUAUGUUGCAUACAUUCGCUGCAUUAUCCUGACAAAAACAAUUAACGAAAAAGUUCUAAACAAAUUUAAGCCCAAGAAAUGCAAUUUGUGCGGCAACAAAUGAAACUAUUUUUAAUUGUAUUUUUUAGCUGUAGUGCGAAAAGCAACAACAAACAACAGCAACAAUCAGAACAAUAACUUUAAUGUUGACCUUAUUUUUGUGUUUAUUUUGUUGAUACAACGUGUGAGGCUACGUUUUUUAUUAAUAACGACAAACAAAAAAACUAUAAAAGAAAAAAGAAAAUCAAGCAACUAUAGUCUAAGUUUUGAAAACGCUUUUAAUUGUCUUAAUGUCUUUAUUAUAUUAUUUUACUUUUGUAUUUUCCAAUUUUUUAUUUUUUUUUUAUUCACUUAAGAGAAAUGAGAAAUAGCUAGAAGAAAACCUCCUCCCAAAGUUGUUGUCGAAGAAAGAGAUAGUGAACGAAAACAAGAACGAGAAAGAAAAUGCAAUUUUUUUUGAACAAUUUGGCUGUUGAAAUAUAAUUUUAAUUCUUAUGCAUAAACUUCGUUAAAUGUGAAUCAUUUUUUUGUGGAAAUGAUUAAUUAAGCAAAAAACACAUCAUGUUAUAUCGUGUACAAUAAUAUUUAGGACUAUUUCCUAUGGUAUCUCCCCUUCUACACCCCCAUCCGACCCCCCACCCAAUGCAAAACAAAUACUUAGAAUGAAUUUACUUAGAUUUCUUAUGUUCAAAAGUUGUUUUUCUUGUUUGUUGUCUUUGCCGCUGCAUUACUACAAACGAUAAUAAUAAUAAUGAUAUAUCAAUGAUAACUAAUAUCGCGAAAGAGAGAAAAGAAAGUAUUAAGAAAACACUACAAAAACAAAAAUAACAUCAACAAAAGUGAAAUACACACACACACACAUACAAAACAAAUGCGAAAUAUGCCAAACAUUGUUAUUAUUAUCCUUCUCCUUAUUUUGUGAAAACAAACAAAAAUCAACUCUUUUAAUACUGUUAUAUUUGCUUUUUAACAAUGCAAUAAAAAAAAAAAACAAAUCAUGCAUUAAAUCACAUCAUGUUAAAAAAAUAUACUACUUUUUACACUUUGUUCUAGUUAUUGCGAAAGCCUUCAAAAGAAAACAAAAACCACAAAGAAAAUGAAAAAUGAAAUUGUAAUUCCACGCGCUUUUAUUUAUAACAUUUACAUAAUUAAUUUGAUUCUUUUCAGUUUGUUGUAGACGCAACUAAAACCAGCAAACGACAAAAGAAUUCAUAAUUGUUUAAAACAAAAUCAAAUUUAUUUUAGGUUAGUUUCAAAAACAAAUGAAAACAAAAGAAAAAAAUAGCAAACAAAUGAUAUUAAGUAAAACGAAAUAAUGAUUUUUAUGCAACGCGUUUAAAAACUUUUCCAAGAACAAAACGAUAGAAAAAUGCCUAACAACAAAACUAAACUAAAACAAGAAAAAACACAAAAAGAAAACAAAAAAAAAAUCAAAAACAACAAAAAUGAUUUCCUAUAUUGCAUACAAAUUUAUGAAAAAAUGUGCUUAAGUUUAAAUCAAAUUUACAAUUUAGUUGAGAUUAUGAACUAAACAACUUUUUACACAAAACAAAACUAAAAACAUACAUAUAUACUUGUAUAUGUAUAUGUAUGACGUUUAGCUAAAAUAUACAUAUGUAAGUUUAGCCAAUGGCAAAGGAGGCAGGGAAGUGGUCAGACAUUGGACGUGACACUUGACACUGGACUUAAUAUUUAAAGCAGAAGCAAAAACAAAAACGAAAAAACAAAAGAGAAAUGAGAAAUGAGAAAAACAAGCACACAACAAAUACACACACAUUCUCGGAAACAUAUACUUAGGGCCAGAGCAACUAGUCAGCAGCGCUUACGACACGCGUGUGGAGGAGACGUGACGUUAAAUGUGCAACAUCACAUAUAUAACAGGCUGAUGCGACGUUACGUAACGUAACACAAUACAUCACUUUGACGUAGCAGAACGCAUUGCAAACGUAACUCAUAACACUUUAACUGUAACGUCACGUCACGUUCCAAUCAUAGCCAACUCAGCCAACUCGUGCCAAUAAUUACCAUUUUUUUGAGGCCGUCAUUUUGUGGCUAAGCUGCAAAGAAGCAAUUCAAAAACAAAAAAUAUAAAAAAAAAACAAAAACAAAAAUAAAAAACGUGAAUGAAAAAAGGCAUAUUAUUAUUAUUAUUAUUAUGAUUAUUAUUAUUAUAUUAUUUGUAACAUAAUAAAACUAUCAAGCAAAAAACAAAAUACAAAAAUAUAAGAAAAACCAUUUGCUCUAUUGUGUGUAAUGUGACAAAGUGAACGCUUUCCACCUAUUUUGGUUAAUUAUUCUUGUACUUUAUUUAUACUUUAUACAUUUUGUGUUAAUUUUUUACCACUCAAGAAAACGAAAACCAAUCUUACUAACUUUAUACAUACAUACAAAUAUAUAUAUAUAUAUAUAUACAUACAUACAACCAUACAUUAUAUGUGCAUUAUAAUAUGUGUAUAUUUAUAUACACUCUCAAGUCUCUCAGUCAUCUUAUUUGUAAUUACUUUGUAUAACAUUUUGAAUUGGAAUCUACCAAAAACACCAAAAAUUAAGUGUAAUGUGCAAAUUGAGAAAAAUACUGCAAAAGAAAAAACGAACGAAAAUCACAUAAUUGUAAAGAAAUGAAAAAUUUGAUGAUGCUGCCAAAGAUUUUUUUAUAUAUACAAACAAAAAAUGGAAAAUAAUUAAAUGAAAGCAACAACAAUUACUAUGGUAUAUAACUAAAAUAACUAGAGAAAACAAAACGAAACAAAAGAAAACAAAAAAAAUUUAUUAUUGUACGAUGACGAUGAUCAUGAAGCGUAUUAAUUUUUGUUUAUUAUAAUACAUAAUAAUACUUGUAAUUUGUAAUAAUAAAAGAAAGAAAGUAAACAACACAUUAAUCAUAAAUUGAAUUGAAAUGAAGAAUUUGUGAGAAACGACGAACAAUUUGCUCAGUAUGCAAAAUAACAAUUGAUAGCAGCGACUAUUUACGUACACCUACAUACAUACACACAUAACUAACUAAAACUAAACUAAAACCAAACAAACUAACUAAACUAAACUAGCUAUCUAAAAGUAAUCACACUAAUAACGAUUUCAAUUGAUAAACGUUAAGCGACAAACAGCAACAAAACAAAAUAAAACACAAAAAAAAAAACAAAACCAAUUUGUUCCUCGAUGCGACGCUUACGAACGAAAAACAACUAAAGAACACACAAAAAGAAAGAAGAAAAAAACAAAAGAAGCAAAAGAAGCAAAAACACAAAGUAAUUGCAGUAAUUGUUGAAAGGCCUAAAACGUAAAUCGUUGAGUUAGUAAAAGUGGAAAACAAAGAGAAAAAAAAACAAAACUGAGAAGAAAACAAAAAAUAAAAGAGCAUAUAAACACUAUACAUAUACGAUAUACAUAUUGAACCAGAAGUAUAGUAUAUAUACAUACACAUACAUACAUACAUAUACAUAUAUAUAUACACACAUAUACAUAUACAUGACGUAUACAUACAUUAACAUUAUAUAUGUAUACAUAUAACUAUUAAGUAUGGCAAGAUCGGUCAAGCAAUCAGUCAGGUUUGACUACGCGACAUUGCGUGGUUUAGUUAAGUUAACUAACAACAACUCUCACACCUAAACACAUUCACACACACACCCACACACACACACACCAUCAAAUGCCUGUGUAGCCACAGUAAUUAACAUUUUUGAAUAUUCUCUCCAUUUACAACACUGGAUUAUACCAAAACACCCACCCCCAAAAGCCCAAAAAAAAAAAACAACAAAAACAAAACAAAAAAUACCAACAAACUUUGCCUAGUUGCGUGUUUCAUUUUUGUAGAUUCUUGUAUCAUAUUGUGCAUUUAGUUAAAUUUAUUUAUCGACUAAAAACAAAAUGUCAAACAAAAUGAUGUAAAACAAAAAAAAAAAAAAAAAAACAAAACCAAACGCUUUAUACAUCAAAUUAUUUUAAUAUAAAUAUAUAUAUUAAAAAAAUAUUGAUAAAAAACCAAAUCGAAAACAAAAAACAAAACAAAACAUAUAUCUAUAUAUACAUAUACAACAUAUACAAAAUAUUAUGUAUUUUAUUUGAAAUUUUUAAAUGUAUUAGCAAAAAAAAAAAGCAAAACAAAAACAAAAAAGAAAUAUGAAAUGGAAAGUUGAAGUUCUACUCUUAAUGAAUAAAUACAAAAACAAAAAAAUGAUUAAUAAUAGAGGAUGAUAAAAUGAUGAAGACAACACACAGCAGACGACAAAUACACACACAGUAUAUGAAGACAUCAAGUCGAUAGAUGAUGAUGAUGAUGAUGAUGAGAUUGAUGAAUAGAGAUUUGGCAUGCCCAAUGGCUGAAUUAAAUGCGUUCUUGAGGAGCGCUGUAACGAUGAUAACAAAUGAUUAUACAUAUACACAUGAUCUAUAUACAUACAUACAUCUAUAUACAUACAUAUACAUUAACAAAAAAGAAGAGUAUACAUACAUAGAUGUAAUAACAAUAAUGAGCAAAAGAUAAACAAUCUAGUGUACGUCAAUUUUUUGAUGAUAUUUUUCGCCUUAUUAUAGACAACAAAAACCCAAAACUAAAUAUAAUGAUAAAAUUAUGGUUAUUAAAAAAACAAAAACAAAAAACAAAAUGAAAUCGAGAUCGAAAUCGAAGCAGAGACGCAACUCAAAAUAUACCGAGAAGCAAUCAAUUAAAUAACACAAAUCCUAUACAACAGCAACAACAACAAAAGCAGCGGCAAGAAUACCAACAACAACAAAAACAAAAUCUAUGAACCAAACAUUUAAGAAAUUAUAUUAACAAAUUGUGUAAUCAAAAUGAUGUUUACAACACCAGAGAACAAAUGACAUAAAUAAGUAAAAUAAUCGCACGGAAAGCAAGCGAAUCAAUUAAACAAAACAAAGCAAAACAAAACAAAACAAGAAUUAACAACAAUUUGCCAUUGACAAAAAGUAAAAUUAAGCAUAAAUUAACAGUUGAGUAAUGAGGGAAUUCAAUGCCUAAGCAGAAACAAAAAGUGACAGAUUAAUAUGAACUUGUUUGCCUCCUCCCCGAUCCCUGCAGUUUACUACUAUAUGUAUAUAGAAAAGUCCGUUCCGAUUGCCAAUUUCGCGUCAAUUUCGCAAAGUCAUCGAAAUUAUUUGAGAGUGUAAAUUGACACACAAAUUGAAUAUUCUUCCGCAUUGUGAAAUUGUGGCCGAAAUGGGCAGUUGACAGAAUUGGAUUACUUAAGAUAUAUACAUCCAUAUAUAGCAAAGAAAUCACCAAUUACAAUAACAAGAACAAGAACAAGAACAACUAAAAGAACUUAAAGAUUCAGCAUGCUUAGCCUCUGGCCGUAAAAGUUCCUCGUGUCAAUAUCAAUUAUUGUUAUGAUUGUCAUUAUUAUUAUGUUUAUUUAAUUUUACAAUUUUUACAAACGAAUAUUAUAUACUUUACAUUUAUGAUGUUCUUUUUGUAUAUAUACAUAUACAUAUACAUAUACAUAUAUACAAAACAUAGUAGAUUUACAAUUUGAAAGCGUUUAUGUGUUUUACAAUUUGAUUUCAAAGACAACAACAAAUGAUGAUGAUUAAUUAUGAAUUUAUUUUUAAUCUUAAUUUAGAUAUUUCUUCUUGAUUUUAUUCACAACACUAUAUACAAAACUAUAGCAAAUAUUAUACACAUACAUACACACACACACACACUCAUACACACAAAACCAAAAUAAAACAAAAACAAUGUUGAUAAACUUGAGUUGUGUUCAGCUUAUAGACAAAAAAGAACAAAAUGAAAAAAAAAAAUACAAAAAAAUAAAUAACAAACAAAUAGAAAUGAAAUUAACAAAUAAACAAAAAUAUAUGCAUAUUUAUUAUUUUAAUUUAUUUGAGUUUCGAUUGUUUUGAUUUGUAUUUUUCGGUCUGCGGUCUUUCGGGCCUCUCAUUAUUUUUGACUUGAAACUGAAAAGUAUGCUAUAGAUUUUGGUAUGUGCCAUAUGCUUUAAUUGAUCUUCAAUUGUGCCAAUGUUUAUGCGUGUUCUGCUCCUGAGAGACAGAUUGUUUUCAAGAAGAAUUUGAACUUGUGUUUUGACAUUUUUGGUUUAUUUCGCUUUGAGCCUCGUCCAAGAUAUACGAUCGAAAAACAAAAGAUGAAAAAUGAAUGAAAGAUAUGAGAAGAAUCUUAGCCAAUAAAUGGAAUUAAUUGUAAUUGAAUAAUACUCGUAUUGAAAAACUCUGCGAGUUGUUGUGUUAAAUUUGCGUACAUAUCAGUGAGAAUUAUUUACACUACGCUAAACAUAUUUAGCAUAAUGUUUAUGAUGCUAAAAUGCGUUUAUAGGAAGAGAUGCCCAAAAAAACGAUUUCACUUUUGAAGCGAUUGAUGGAUAGAUUGAUUGAUUGAUUGAUUAAUUGUGUGGAUCAACAACACAUUUUGCUGCUGAUGUGAGUGUCUGUUUGUCUGUGCGUGCGUGUGUUUGUGUGUGUGCGAAUCUAUCUAUAUCGCUCUCUUUCUCUCUCUUUGUCUCUGCAUUGUUUCUUAAAUAUACCUAUGCAGAUAAUUAAUCAUUAAUCACUUGCUAACACCUAGUGCCAUGAACGGUAAACAAAUUCCAAUUGUUUAUUAAAGUUCUCUAAUUUUAUAGUUUUUCCUAUUCUCUUUUUUUAUUUUUAUAAUGCUUUCAUGUUUUUCUUUUUUGCUAAAACACUUUUAUACUCAAGUUGAAUAUGUAGUUGAAACCCGAUGCGAUACAAUUAAAUAUACAAUGAAUACAAUGUUUUUUCUGGCUUUAGAAAUUAGACGGCUCCAAUGUUUGAAAUUACAAAAGUACCCCGCAAAUGUAAAAAAAAAACAAAACACAAAAAAAACUACCAAAAACAUAUGACAACCGAAGCAAUUAGAAAGCUUUUAUUUUUCUAGAAUUUUAACAGAAUGAGGAACAACAAGAACAAGAACAAGAACAACAGCAAAAAGAACGAGAACGAGAACGAGAACAAGAAGAUGAAGAACAAUGAUAAAACAAAAUAACUAAUAACUAAAAACUUCCUAAUUUCUCUCAGUGUAUUACACAAAAUCUACAUGCAUAUAUACAUAUACAUAUAUACUUAUUAUAAUAUAGUAUUUAUAUAUAUACAUACAUAUAUACCAUAUGUAUCAACUAGUAGACGAAACAAAAUCUACAUACAUACAUAUAUAGUGCAUACAUAUAUACAUAUGUACAUACAUAUAUGUCUACAUAUAUGUAUGUCGAUUAAUUCUCGAUUUAUAAAAAUUAAACAAAGAAAAGAAAAGGAAAGAAAAAACUUGUGCAAAAUCGCAGCAUGCAAUUUAAAUGUCUCUGGGUUGUUCAAAAUAACAAAAAAAAAACAAAACAAAACGAAACAAGAAAAAAAAUACCAAAUUAGAAAAACAAUUUUUACGUGUAUGGAAAAGCAAAUAGAGAAUAUUAUUAUAAAAUCUACAUACUACAUGACUAAAAAAAAAAAAUUAUCUACACACCUUAAAACAAACACACACAACACUUAUAACAAUACGUAUACAACAAUGCUACACUCGAUAAUAAUUGAACACACAGACACACAUUCACACAAACAGAAAUACCAAAGUAAUAUUUAAGAUUUGACCAAACCAAAUGAUAAAUAAUAAUACUUAGCGCGCCUUGCAAUGCGAAUUCUUAACAAAAAAAAAACAAAACAAAUUGUAGCAAAUACAGAAGAAAAUGUAUUUAAUUGUGGAAAAAAAUCGGAAGCUCCAAGUAGACAAGUUUAGCAAAUAUGUAUUUUACACUUCCACAACAAUAAAAAGUAAAAAAACGGAAAUGAUAACAAAAAGGAAAGAAAAAAGAAAAGGAAACACCAUAUUGGCCAUCAAUUUUUUGUAUUAGACAUUAUAAUAAUAAUAUCAAGUGUAGUAAAAGAAAACAAACAAAAUGAAAACCAAGAAUUGAAGCUACACUUUACAUUGUCAAACAACGAUAACGAUAAAUGAACGUACAGUGCGCGAUGAUCGGGAAUCGGAAAUCGGAAAUUGAAAAAUCGAAAUCAAAGAUCGCAAAGAAAAAUACCAAUAAGUUUUUUUUUGGAAAACAAUUCCCUGUGUUGUCAAAGGCUUUAACAAAAAAAAAAAAAGAUUAAAAAAACAAAUUUGUAAAUUAGCAAAAUGUGUGUUUUUUUUUAUUUUUUACAUUUUUUUGCUUAAUACAAGUGACAUAGAUAUUUCUAAGCGUGCCUCACAUUUUAGACACACUUUUGAGGUCGACGCCGCCGGAAACAAAAACAGACAGCAACAAUAUUUUUGGGCACCAAAUAUAUAUACAUAUACAUAUAUACAUAUUUGUGUGUGUGUAUAUAUAGUAUUGUAAUUGUAUUGCAUUAUAUACAUACAUACUUAUACAUAGAUACUUCAACUAUUUACUUUUAAGGGACAAGCGAAAUCAAGGCGAAUUUUAUGUAUGUGCUUAAUCGAAAAAUAAAAGAAAAUGUAACAAAAUGAAUAUGAAUGGAAUGCAAGAAUACGCCUAAAAUAUAUUAAAAUAUGUAUAACAAUCUUAAAAAAAAAAAACUCACAUAUUUGAUGUCUAAAGCGGAUUUUGCGAGUGAAUGAAAAACUCGAAGAAAGGUUUUUAACAUUAUCGAGAAUGAGAAUCGAGUUGUCUGGAGGCGAAUAAGAAAACAUAUUAUAAUUAGAAUGUUUUAUGAAUUAUAUACACCUUAUAUACAUACAUACAUACAUAAUUGAUAUAUGUACUUAGCGUAAACUAUAUAUACAUACAUACAUAAUUGUAUAGCAACUAAACAAAUAAGAUGUUGAUCAAUUUUAUGUGAGUUAUUCAUGAUGUUGUAUAGUUAAAGCAAAAAGGUAAAAACCAAAAGAAAAUAUAAGAGAAAAUACCAGUUAAUACGAAUACACUUACCAAGGUUAGUUCCAAGUUUCUGAAUCGCUCGCAUUCCGCGCAAAAUUUGCAUAGCAUACUUUUUUGGGACGCAUUUCAACAUUAAAUUAAGCGAACCCGUUUUAAGUACCCUCUAAAAACUGUGCCAAAAGGUAUGCUAUAGCUCAUUUGUGUGGAGCUUGAGAUAAAAUGGGAACGUAACAGAACCGAACAAACUACGAAUUGUUGGACACAUGAAUAAUGAAAGAAAAUUAUGUGCAUUACAAUAACAAAACGAAAACCAAAAAACAGAAGAAAUGUCACAGAAAUCAUAAAAAGUAUAAUUAUUAUACUAUAUACUACAUAUAGUAUAAAUGCCGUAUAUCACUAUACUAUAUAUCUCGUACAUACAUAUGUAGCGAAUAUGCAUUCCUAGAUCUGGUUUUCUUUAUUCAUUUUUAGUAUGAGAAGAGAAGGGAAUGAAAUGAAAUGAAAUGCGGAAGCCUAACUAAAAACGUUUAGAACUCAAGAAGCUGCCUCAAAAAUGUAUAAUUUAAUAAUAAUUUCAACAAUAUUGUAUAUGUGUAUGUCUUAUACAAAACUACAUAUAUAUACUAUAUCUAUAGAUAUAUAUACAAAUAUAUAGUAUAUAUAUAUUCUUAACAAGGGCAUUCUUACUAGCUACUUGGCGACUCAUAAAACAAAACAAAAACAAAAAAAAAAACUAAAGUGAACUUACAAAAACAAACUGAAUUAAUCUUAAAACGACAAAGCAAAAAAAAAUCUAAUGAAAUGAAAUCAUAAAUGAAUUUUACUGAGAAAAAACACCAAACAAAAUAAUGCAUUAAAUUAGUGAAUAAUUAUAACAAACAAACAAACAAAAAAAAAAAACAAAACAAAACAAAGAAAAGAACGAAAGAAGCAAAUUGAUGAUGUAAUGCUGUUUUUGAGUUGUACUUAUUAUGUAUUUUUCACUGUUUGGGCAGCAUUUAGAAAUGUUGCACAAGGGUUAAGGCAUAGUCAUGUUCCUCACAUACACACACACACACACACAAACUCACAUAUGCAGCGCUCUAGUUGUUUAACCCUUGUGCAUGCAAAUGCCAACUGAAUACGAACGUUCCACACACACUUGCUUAGAAACUAAUCGCAUUGAUAUUCGAUAUUCGAUUUAUUAUUUACGUCGCGAGUAUUACGAGUAUGAAUCACAUGCAUUCAACUAUUUACACAAUAAUAACAACAAGAACAACAACCACAACAAAAUCAACAACAACUUAUACCAUUUUUGCUGACUGUACUCCUUAGGCUUUUUACACCUUUUACCAUUUAUACGCCAUGCCAAGAAUCUACUUGAAUUUUGCAUGCGAAAUUUAAGAUUUAAUAAUGAAAAAACUAAAAAAAAAAAGAAAUGAAAACAAUGAAAAUCAAUCUACAUAAUAAAUGUACAUGCUUGCACACUGAAUGAUUUAAGUGCGUAGACAACCAUGUAUUUUAAUGCAAAUUACUAAACUGCAAAUCAAUACGGGCUAUCGGUCAUCCUAUAUACAUACUUAUUUAUCAUACUCUCUCUCCUGCCCGAAAUGCAGCCUAGCUAAAAUUAAAGCGUGUGUGCGUUUUUACCGUUACUCUAAAACGGGAGAUGCAAACAGAGUCAAAAAUAUCACAUUUUGUGCAUUGCCCUUUUGUGCUAUUGUUCUUCAUACUUUAUUUCGCUCUUUUUCGUUCUCCCAUUCUGCUAUGAACGGAGCAGGACAGAUGUGUACGUACACACAUACACACAUACAUACAUACAUAUAUCGUAUGCUGCAUCUCUGUCUCUCUAAGAAUACUCUCAGUUGGCUCAGCCUCUGAGUUUCGCAUUCACUCAGAUAAAUUUCAAAAGCAUUUGUUUCUCUACCGAUUCGAUAAACACCCUACAUACAUUACAUAUACAUAUAUACUUACUUAGAUGAUAUUAUUUAAAUCCCCCCGCCUGUGAUAGUGUUAAAAUAUUAUAUGAAAAACCAAAAAAAAAAAAAAAAAAAAAAAAAAACGGUCAAGUGCUUCGGCACUCUUAUGAAAAUUUUUUUCCAGCGUUUUUAGAGUCAUGUUUUUCUUUUGGAAAAAUUAUUUAGGUAAUUGAUUUAUACAAACAAACAAAAGAAAAAUCGAAAAUACUUAUAACAAAAUACAAAUCAAAUAUUAAGAAAUCGACAAAAACGAAAUGACAACAAAAUGUGACGAAACCAAAGCAAAAGCACACAGAACAUGUUUCAACAUGAUCAUACUAAACAGUUUUUUCUUUUAGUGUGUGUGUAUUUAAGAAAAAAAAAUCCAUUUUGGUUUAUGAAAUUGUAUUUAGGAAUUAUUCAAAUAUUGCAAAUCAUUUACAUUCAAAUUUUCCCCUUUAAAGCAAAGAGUAAAAUAUAUCUUAACAAUAUGACAAUAUUGAUUUGUGAAAAAAACCAAAAACCAAAAAAAAAAAAGAAAACUUAACAAAUCUUCUAACAACAUAUCCUGGCCUCGAACAUCAAUAUUAAAGGCAACGUUUUGAAAGUUUCGCACGAUUCCAAUCUCAAAUCUCAAAUUUGGUCAAUUCUUAAGAUUUAGAAUGUAGUCUUAAGCAGAGAGUUUUCUUGGGUUAGCAAUCGAUAUAUCUUUUGCUCAGGAGAAUGUUAAGGAAACGUGCACCGAAAUAUUUAUAAUUUGAUAUUUUCGCUUUUAUUUUUUUAUUUUUUCAUCUUUCGCACACACAUUACUGUAAAAAAUGAACACCAAAUAAAACUUUGAACCAAUUAUGUAUACAACAAUAAAAAACAAGUGAACAACAACAACAACAAAGCAUUCUAAAUGGUAAAAGUACCUUUACAAAGAAAAAUAACAACCACAACAACAACAAUUUUGCCUAAAUAAUAUGACAUUUUGAUUUUCUUGAGUUCAGACGAAAACACGAGAACAAUAUUUUAUUGAAUAUUGUGCAGAUAGCCAGAGAAUUAUAAAGAAACAUAAUAAUAUUAAUAAUAAUAAUCAGUUAAUUGGAAAUUAUUAAGCAAUAAAUCAAAUCAAAUCGAAUUCCUCUCUCUAUAUAUAUUAUGACCUUGAAGUUCUCGUCCUAUCCUCGCGUUCCCCGCUAUCAGUUAAUAUCUUUACUAUAAUUAUUCUCAACUAGAAACAUUUUUCGAAAAUGGUUUCAUUUUUAUGUAUCUACACCAUUUUACACAGCAAAACCAUCUCUAUAGAUAUUUUUAAAAGCAAUUUCGCUGAGAAAUCGAUACAAAAAAAAAAAAAAAAUUAACAUAACAUAAAAUAACAAAAUUCAAUUUGUCCGAAUUUUCAGCUGCGAAAAUGAAGUAACAUUUAAAUAUAUUAAAUAAUUUAUAUACAUAAAAAAAUUAUAAUAUGAUGAAAAAAAGAUAUAUACAUAUAUAUAUAUAUACAUAUAUAGACAGUGCGUGUAAUAACUAGAAUCACAUAAUUCCAUCCACUUUUGAUAUUUUAAAUGAUGAACAACAUUAUAUUAACAACAUAAUAAUAAGUAUAAACAAAAGCAAAUAAUAUACAUACAUAUAUACAUGAAGUAUAUAUAUAUAAAUAUAUAUAUAAAACAUAUUUAUUAAUUCGUAUAAAUUGAGAUAAAAAUAUAGCGCAAUGCAAUGCAUCUUAAGUGUUUGAAUGUUGUCUUAACUAAAAGUGUCAUUCCUACAAAAAAAACAACAACAACUAAAACAACAGUAAGAAACAACAAUAACAAUAACAAUAACAAGAAGAAAACACAAAGCAGUCUUGUGCUUUUGCACUCCAGUGUGUUAUGCGAAGUGGAUCAGUUCUUUACUUAGCACAGACUCACACCACCACACACACACAUACACACACUAUCAAACACUUAUAUACAAUAUAAACAAAUAUUUAUAUAUACGUAUAUAUAAUGGCACCAAAAUCCUUAUUGUAGUAGUUGAAACAGUUACGAACAAAUUAUAAUGAUAUUUACACGUCAUGAAUAGUUAUAUUGAAAUAAACAGAAAAAACAAAAAUCCAAAAAAAAAACAUUGCUUUAACUAUAUAUAUACAUACAUAUAUAUAUAUAUAUUCAGAAAAUAUAUACAUAAAUAUACCGAAAACAAAUAUACAAUUAUAUAUUUAUGAUUAAUAAAAUACACUUUGAAGAAAAAAAUGUAAAAAAAAACUAUGAAAAAAAAGAAAUAAUUAAACCAAAAUAUUGUACCACAAAUCAGUAAAAACCUUUUCUAGAAUGUUAUGUCUUCCCUUUGAAUCAAUUAAACAUAUAUAUAUAUAUAUAUAUAUAUAUGUAUAAUUAUACAUUAUAUAUAUAAAAAUAGAACAAACAAAAAAAGAAAAAUACUGAAACACAUUUGAAAGAGUCGAAUUAUUGUCACCCAAAAACUGACCAAAUAUGAAAUGUUCGAAAUGGAAAUGUACUUAAGCAUACUUUACAAGUUGAACCUUCUAGGCUGGAGUAUUAUAUAGUAACUAUAUCUGAGCAAACUAAUCGUUUUUUUUCUAGAAAUAGUCGUACAACAACAACAACAACAAGAACAACAACAAUAAAACCACACGCAGACAAAUUUGAACAAAUUUCCUAAUUCAAAUUCUGUUUCAAUAGCAAUAAUUAACGAAUAUUAACAAUUAAAGCAAAUGCCACAAAUUUACCUAUUUAUACUAUAGUUUGCAGGUAAUUCAAAACUUAUGACCUAUAAUGGAAAACGAAAAGUAAAAGUAAAACGAAAACGAAAAAACAUUACCAUUAAACAUAAACAUGAAACAUUAACAAAAUAUGCAGCAUAUGCAGAAGGGCGAAUACACAAAAUUAUAGUUAUAUAUACGUAUAUAUGUAUAUCUUUAAAAGCAGACUACUCAGUGCAACAGAUAAGACUAGAAAUUGAUUACCUGAACCUUGAGAACAAAGCUUGAGUUAUCUUUUACUUUACAACAAAACAAGAAACAAAAAAACCAACCUUAAACACACACACACACAUACAUCCAAGCACACUCACACACACAUACAGAGAAUUAUAAAUAAUACUAACAGCAGUGCAGCGAACAAGUUAUAAAAUACAAUAUACUAAUAUAUAUAUAUGAUUAUUAAUGAAUAGUAUUAUACCAACUUAUCAUCAUCUACUACUUGAAUUUGUUUCACAAUAGUCAAUUGAUUGUGUACUGAGCCUGUUCUUAAUACAUACUGAAUUCGUAAAACACUUUUUGCUUAAAUCUCUCUUUGAGUUAUCUCUUUUUUGUUCUUCGCGAAAUUAGGCGCUGCUUUUUACAGAUCCCUUCUUUAAAUGGUUGUGAGUUUCGUAAGGAAUUUUCGCUUACGUUUAGCAAACCAAAGCAGACCAAACAAAAACGAAAAAAAAAAAAAAUCUAACUGACUUAACAUAUUCUCCCAAAAAUAAUACUUCCGUUCCAAAAAUCGUUUUCGCAAUUGAAAACGAUGGCGAACGAAGUUCUUACUUCGGCCAAUCGAAGACUAAAAAAUACUUUCGCAGAAAAUGAAAAGAGGAAGAGGAAGAAGAAGAAGAAGAAGAUACUUGUUACAGCAAUUAAAUUUCUAACAUAUUAAUCAAGGUAAAUUGACGAAAAUGAAAAUGAUAAUGAUAAUGAUAAUGAAACAAAUGUGUACUCAAUUCGUGUGCCCUCCUUCAAUAUUUUAUAUUGAUAUGUUUCGUAUAGACACUUACAUACUUAUACAUACAUAUAUGUGGUACAUACAAGAUGACUUAAGAUUAAACAACCCAUACACACACACACACACACACCUAUCCACAUAUAGAUACACACAUAAGCAUACAAGUAUAUUUACAAGCAAGAUAUUAAGUAUAUUCUUGGCGUUUAGCAACGUCUAAAUUCAACAUGUCCUAGUUUAUUUGCUCAUUGUUUUUAAGUGUAGCGAUCUAUAACAACAACAACAACAACAACCAAACAAAAAAACCAGAACACUAACUGUAGCGAAUUGUGUGUAUUUACAUAUUAAAGUUUACAACCGCUACCAUGGCAAAUUGCUUACGUUUGUCUGUAGCAUUUUUAAAGCGUUUUCGUAUUGUCAAGUGGCCCAAAAAAUACCAAAUACUUAUAAAACACAAAAAAAAAAAAAAAAAAAAAAAAAACUAAA